AUGUUAUUAUUGAUAGGUAUAAUACUAAAAUCACCAUCAUACUUAACAAAAUGGACAUUAUUUCAAGUAUGCUUAGCAUUAUUAGGCAGCAGUAUAUCCUCAAUAUUAAAACUUUUAACUUAUGGCGAUGAUUACGACAAUCUGGAUCGAGCACUUAACCAACCAAUUUGUAUUGCUCAGCAAAAACUAUCGGUAUUCUUUUUUUAUCCGUUAUAUUUGCUACCAAGUGUUUUAACAUUUCAUUUAUGGUUUGGGUUGAUUAAAAUGAAUUCAAAUAUCGAGAAAGCUCAUUUCUGGACACUUACAAUGUCAAUUUGGGGAUUUGCUUGUAUUUAUACUACAAUUGUGGUCAUCGUCUCAGGAUUGAAUGAAAAUUGGGGUGUGAUGGUGACUAGAUUUGUAUGCGAAGCUUAUGAUUUUAGUUCAACAUGGUAUUUGUAUUGGCCAGUUCUAUUAAUCGUAAGCUUGUUAGCGUUCGUUUCAUUAUUUUUCGCAAUACGUUUACCAAUCAUUUUAUGGAAAAUAUGGAGUGGUUAUAAACUGAAUAAUCAAAGUUUAGAAGAAAUUCCAAUUGGUCAUGCA